AGGUGCCAUAUUGAAGGGCCAAUAUGUUAGUUAUCCACUUCAUCCUACCGAAGUCUCAAACCCUUUCCCCUCGUUUCUUUUCCUGGAACCCCAGCGUCUGGUAGAAGUCCAAUUGAAGCAUCAUCUUCCCCGAGGAAAACAGUAAUAUAUUAUAUAUAUGGACUCUGUCAUUUCUAUCAUUAUGAAAGUGGCAGAGUGUUUCGUAGACCCAGUUAAGAGUCGAACAAAACUCAUAACUGACUACGAAACAAUCCAAGAAGAUCUGAGAAAUCAAAAAGAGAAAUUAUCAAUUGUGGUAUCUAGUAUCCAUAAUCAAGCUAACCAAGCUAAAAACAAUGGAGAAAAGGUUAGUGAGGAGGUAACCAAGUGGUUAGAAGACGCUCAAGCAGCUAAAGUCGAGGUAGAUGCCUGGCUAACUAACAUCAGUGUCAUGGAAACAACAUGCGGACCGUGUUCCAACUGUUGCAAACGUUGCAAGUUAAGUAAGGAAGCUAUACAAAAGAAAAAAGUGGUUGAGUCUCUUGUUGAGCGUGGCAAGAGUUAUCCACAGGUAGCAUACCCUAGCUCCCCUAAAGGAAUACAACUCAUAUCACGCGGUGCGUUCACUGCUUUCGAAUCAAUUAAGGAGUCUUUCACUGAUAUCAUCGCGGGUUUAGGAAGGAGUAGCACAAAAGUUAUCGGUGUUUAUGGGAUGGGGGGUAUUGGCAAGACAACCUUAGUUACAGAAGUUGGUAAAGUGGCUAAGGACACAAAAUUGUUUGAUCAGGUGGUUUUUGCUGUGGUGUCUCAGACAACUGAUAUCAGAAAGAUUCAAGGUCAAUUAGGUGAUAUGUUAGGCCUUAAUUUUUCCAGAGAGACUGAAAUUGGCAGGGCUGGUCAACUUAAGGAGAGACUUAAAUAUGAGAACAAAGUCUUGGUUAUCUUAGAUGAUGUUUGGAAUACUAUUGAAUUGGCAGACAUUGGGAUACCUUAUGGUAGUGAUCACCAAGGCUGUAAGAUUCUUAUCACUACUCGCCGUGAACACGUUUGCGAAUCCAUGGGUUGCCAAGAAACUAUCCUACUUAGCCUCUUACAAGAAGAUGAUGCUUUGAAACUAUUUAUAAAAAACGCAGGAGUUGUACUAAAUGAUCCAUCUCUUGCACUCGAAGAGGUAGCUAAGCAAGUUAUCAAAGAAUGCCAUAGAUUACCGCUAGCUCUUGUUGUUGUAGCAAAAGCUCUAAGAGGAAAAAGUCUAGAGGAAUGGAAAACAGCUUCUGAAAGCCUUCAAAGGUCGAGGCUUACAGACAUUGAAUCAGUUGACCUUAAUGUUUAUGCUUGUUUGCGAUUAAGUUAUGAUUAUCUCAAGGCGGAGGCUACAAAGAAGUGCUUUUUGUUGUGUUCCUUGUUUCCAGAAGACCAUGAGAUUGAUUUAGAGGAAUUAUCUAAAUAUGCUAUUGGAUUUGGUGUUUUUCAAGAUGUUGACUCCUUUACAUCAGUAAAGUCUCGCGUGCAAAUUGUUUUAAAAGAUCUUAAAUCAUCUUCCUUGCUGUUGAAAACAGAUAAUAUGUCAAACCAUGUGAAAAUGCAUGACAUGGUUCGUGAUGCUGCACUUUGGAUAACUUUACAAGACAAAGAGCCGUUCAUUGUACCAACUCCUAUGGAGAAAAACUGGGCAAGAAAUGUUAAACUUGAGGAGGCAAUGUCAAUCUCUUUGCUGGCGUGCCCCAUGAAUGUUCGGUUUCCUAUUCGAGCUCAAUGUCCAAGCUUGAAAAUUCUAUUAUUUGCUCAAAGUAAACCAUUACGAUUGAGUGACACUUGUUUUGAAGGAUUGGCCACACUGCGGGUUCUAGAUUUAACAGCAGUAAAGUAUCGUCUAGAGAUGAUGUUGCCAUCUUCAAUCAAAUGUCUGCAGAAUCUCCGAACAUUACUUAUUAGAAGAUGGAAACUAGAAGGUGAUAUAUCAAUGAUUGGGAGUUUAAAUAAUCUCGAGAUUCUUAGUUUCUCUGGAAGUCUUAUUUUUGAAUUGCCUAUACAGUUUGCAGAGCUUUCUGAGCUCAGAGUCUUAGACCUAUCUGGCUGUAAAGAGCUAGCAGCCAAACCAGAGUCCUAUACUCAAGUGCUUAGGCAAUUACCUGUAAUCGAAGUAAUUUAUAUGCCAUACCAGACACCAAUGCUAACUUUCGAUGAAGAUAAACAAGAAUGAUUAUGUGGGUAUCUUCUUAGUCGAUUGAUUAAAGUUCCAUCAAUGAACAUCAGAAUUGUUGGUAUUCUUGCUCUACAUUACAAAAUAAAGACUUGUUCUUGUGAUUUUCUUUUAA